AUGUCUCUACAAACAAGAAACUUACCAAUCACUUUAGUUCCGCUUUCACAAAUUCACAGACCAAUUCAGCCAGAAUUAGAUCAACAGAAAAUUGAAUCAAUGGUUCAAACAAUGAGCGGCCGUCCUACCGCAAGUUCGACAUGCUCCCUUCAGCAAGCUAUUGAUUCAAAUGGUCAAUUACCAGCUGUUGAUGUUUUAAAAGUUAAAGAACCUUCUGGCGAAUAUUAUUUUGCUUUCGGUGGUUGCCAUCGUUUACAAGCUUAUGAUAAAUUAAAACCUAAGUCGGGAGAUGCAGACGUCAUGGUCCGCUGCAAAGUCUUAAACGUGACUAGAAAGCAAAUAAAGAUGUAUGUCGGAAAUAGUAUCGAUACUAUGUUCCAGCAAGUGGAUCGCAACCCUCAGUUAGCUCGUGCUGCUUCUUCAGAUUCCACAUUAGUAUGA